CGUUUCUUCUUCACUUCUUCCCUGAAUCACACAGUACAUUUUUUUUAUUUUUCUGUUUCCCUUUUUUCACAAAUUAUAAAAAAUCAAUGUACUUUUUUUCUUCCUGCAAAAAUCGACCUCAUAAAUUCCCAGGUUUUUCAUGAUCUUCUAAUGUGUGUGGGUCCUCCUUUCUUAACGAACGUGUUCGUGACUGCUGAGUUAACUCGUUCUUGGUUUCUGCAAUUCACUGUUCCCAAUAUCACCCACUUUCUCUCUCCUCCCUUUUUCAUCAAAUUCCACUUCCAAUCGAAAUUUCAAUUUCUGGGUUUACUUCCAUUUCCAUUUUUCUGAACUGGGUCACUGUGUUUUAAUCCAAAACCCUGAACUUUUCAUUCACGCAUUUCGUCGAACACUUAGAUGGCGUCUCUAAAUUCGUUUCCUUUUACCAUUGAGACGAGGUGUUUGCGCCAUAACUCAAUUGGGUCUCACCCUUUGGCUUAUCAACGGCGAAAGCCUUUGGAUUACGGUGGUUUUCUGAAGUUUUUGGAUCAUAAUGGGGAUUAUGCUCAUGGGAGGUCAUCUUUGUGCUGUAUGAAGUCAGUGAAUUGGUGUAGACGAGGAGAUUCAUGGGGGAUUAAUCGGUUAAAGGCGGUUUCGAAUGAUUCGGGUGAAGGGGAUGAUAGCAAUGAGACUGAUGAUGCUGUCCAAGCUACAAUUGAGAAGAGCAAUAAGGUUCUAGCUAUGCAGAAAGAGCUACUUCAACAGAUUGCUGAAAGGAAGAAGUUAGUUUCUUCUAUCAAAAGUACUAUGAUCAACCAUGAUGGAGAACCCUUCACCAAAAAUAGUGACAACUCUUCUCCAAAGGUUGAUGAUGAUAGCAAAAGUCAAACGCAUGUCAAUAAUGAGAAUAACAGCAGCACUGUUUCCAGCAAGGCCAGUAAAGACCAACUGCCAACUCCUGUUAAUUCGAGUGAAGAUAGAAAAGAACAAGGAAAAUCGCUAUCGAGAACCCUAAACUUGGGUUCCUCCGUGCGAAAAGAAGUCUUGACUAGGGCACCAGAAAAACCUCCCUCUAAGUCUGAUGGAGGCUCAAGUUUUGGUAAAUUGGACACUGAAGUCUUGACUAGGACACCAGAAAAAUCUCCCUCUAAGUCUGAUGUAGGCUCACGUUUUGGUAAAAGGGAAACCACUGAAAGCUCAUCACGUGAAAGAACUUCUAAUGGUGUGAAUACAUUAAAGGAAUCUGAAGAAAACUCUAUGCAGCCAAAUUUUUUGUCAAGGAGUUACAUUCCUUCUAGUAUUAAGGAUAAAAAGGAAAAACAGUUGGAAAAUAAUGAGCAAGUGAACCAUCCUGUUAGUGAAGAAGCCAAGCCACCCCCUCUUGCCGGAGCAAAUGUGAUGAAUGUGAUCUUGGUUGCUGCAGAAUGUGCGCCUUGGUGUAAAACAGGUGGUCUUGGAGAUGUUGCUGGGUCCUUGCCAAAAGCUUUGGCUAGGCGUGGGCAUCGAGUAAUGGUUGUGACACCUCGAUAUGGUGACUAUGCUGAUACUCACCAUACGGGAGUGAUGAAAAGAUAUCAGGUGGCUGGCCAGGAUGUAGAAGUAAAUUACUUCCAGACAUAUAUUGAUGGUGUAGACUUUGUAUUUAUUGAAGCCCCAAUGUUUCGUCAUCUGAAUGAUAUAUAUGGGGGUAGUAGACAGGACAUUUUGAAACGUAUGGCUCUAUUUUGCAAAGCUGCCGUUGAGGUUCCUUGGCAUGUCCCUUGUGGAGGUGUGUGCUACGGUGAUGGCAAUUUGGUUUUUAUUGCAAAUGAUUGGCAUACCGCAUUGCUACCAGUGUAUUUGAAAGCAUACUAUCGUGACAAUGGCCUGAUGAUGUACACACGAUCAGUCCUUGUCAUCCACAACAUAGCACAUCAGGGUCGUGGUCCUGUAGAUGACUUCUCCUGCGUGGAUCUUCCACCACACUACAUAGACUACUUCAAGAUGUAUGAUCCAGUUGGCGGAGAGCAUUUCAAUAUCUUUGCUGCUGGUCUCAAGGCUGCUGAUCGCAUAGUGACUGUAAGUCAUGGGUAUGCAUGGGAGCUGAAAACUCAGGAAGGCGGUUGGGGUUUAGAUGGGAUUAUCAGCGAGAAUGAUUGGAAAUUAAGAGGCAUAGUGAAUGGGAUCGAUGUGAAAGAAUGGAACCCACAAGUGGAUGUUCAUCUACAAUCUGACGGGUACAUUAACUAUUCCCUUGAGACGCUGAAACCUGGCAAAUCACAGUGUAAGGCAGCACUGCAAAAGGAGCUCGGUUUGCCUGUUCGAGAUGAUGUCCCAUUGAUUGGUUUUAUCGGAAGGCUAGAUAACCAGAAAGGUGUUGAUAUCAUAGCAGAAUCAAUUCCUUGGUUAAUGGGCCUAGACGUGCAGCUAGUUAUGUUGGGAACAGGGAGGCAGGAUCUGGAACAGAUGCUCAAGCAAUUUGAAAGCCAAUACCCAGAUAAAGUAAGGGGAUGGGUUGGGUUUUCUGUGAAGACGGCUCACCGAAUCACUGCUGGAGCAGAUAUAUUACUUAUGCCUUCGAGGUUUGAGCCUUGUGGGCUUAAUCAGCUAUAUGCAAUGAAGUAUGGAACUAUUCCUGUUGUUCAUGCUGUUGGUGGGCUGAAAGAUACUGUCCAACCUUUUGAUCCAUAUAGCAAUUCUGGUCUUGGCUGGACAUUUGAUCGGGCCGAGGCACACCGCCUGAUUCAUGCUUUAGGCAAUUGUUUAUUGACAUUCCGUCAGUAUAAAGACAGUUGGGAAGGUCUCCAAACACGAGGGAUGACACAGGAUCUUAGUUGGGACCAUGCUGCUGAGAUUUAUGAGGAAGUCCUUGUUGCAGCCAAGUACCACUGGUAAACUGUUGGGUUACUAUUGAAGUACACCUUUGGUUCAGUCCAGGUGUUUUGUCAAUACUCUUUCAGAGUGAAAGGCAGUUGUUUCUGAUCAUGGAGGAACUUGGAUAAAUGGAAUUUUAGGUAAAUAUUUUUUCUGGUUAAUAUACAAGUUCCUUGCCAUGUAUCUGGUUCAAUCUUUUAUUCUGAGAGUAUUCAGAUUUUUAGAGACUGCAAAAUUACAAAUGGGAGUGGCCAACAGCGGUAUAAUGUGCUCAGUAGCCUCUUGUAGAACUAACAUCAUAUAGCAGAACAUUAAAUACAGUUGAAUAAGUCUAGUGCUUGCCGUUGUCAGUUGCUCUCCCAUUGUUCUAUAAAUAAAUUGUAAUACUUGUAUAAAUCAAGGUUAAGAUCUUCAGUCUUAACAUCAAUUAAUCUCCUGCUGGUGUUUUUUUUGC